CAAGAAACUUGACAAUUGAUAGAACUAUAUAGACUAGGAUAAUGGCUGACAAAAGUGAUGAGAAUUCCACUACUGCUCCUAAAGUGAAAGACAUCGAAACAGAUACAAAUGGUCAUUCUAAUAGCACAGUUGAGGCAAGCGUUGGCUCUCCAGCCAAUGCUCCAGCGGAUUUCGAUAAGGCCAUUGAUGCCUCUGGCUUUGGACGUUUCAAUCUAAUACUUUUCUUUUUGGCCAUAUUUGCAACGUGUGCCAAUAUGUUUGAGUCGACCACGAUGUCAUACAUUCUGCCCAUAGCUGAGUGUGAUUUGCACUUAACACUGACGGAUAAAGGAGUCCUCAAUGCUUGUGCAUAUGCUGGCAUGAUCAUCUCAGCAAUUCCCUGGGGAUAUUUGUCCGAUACAAAGGGACGUCGCAAGGUGCUCGUCUAUGGGUACCUGUUGACUUCAAUUUGCGUUUUUGGCAGUGCUCUGAGUCAGAAUUUUAUAAUGCUAGUGACAUUCAAGUUUCUCGGUGGUCUUAUGGUAAAUGGUCCAGCUGCUGUGCUUUUCACAUACUUGACAGAGCUGCAUGGUCCCAAAUAUCGCUCUAAUGUGCUGAUGGUUGUUGGCAUGGUAACUUCCGGAUGUCUGUUGCUUUUGCCCGUGUUGGCUUGGGCUAUCUUUCCUAGAGACUGGGACUUUGUGCUCUUUGAGAGUCUUGCCAUUCAUAGUUGGCAAAUCUUUUUGUUUGUCUGUGCGUUGCCCAGUUUGAUAAGUGGAUUUGUGCUAUGGACAAUGCCAGAGAGUCCCAAAUUUCUAAUGUCGCAAGGUCGCAAUGCAGAGGCUUUGCAGAUGCUACAAAAGAUCUAUCGCAUUAACACUGGCAAGCCAAAGGAUACCUAUCCAAUCAAAUCGCUUGUUCUUGAAGUGCCCAGUCGUGAUGCACAAAAGGAUGAAGCCAUCUACACCAUUGAUGACAAAUCGGAGUCUAAAACGGAGCCAGUCAAGCGUGAGUCUCGCACUGUUCUAGAAAGUCUACGUGCUGGCAUGCAGCAGAUGAAACCCAUGUUCCAUAAGCCACUUCUUGGUUUGGCGCUGCAAAUUUAUACCAUGCAAUUUGCCAUGUUCUUGGGAUUGAAUACAAUUCGCCUGUGGCUGCCUCAGUUAUUCUCAUCGAUGGCCGACUUUGAGGCGGAAUUCGAUGAAUCCGCCGAGAUGUGCACAAUUUUGGAGUACAGCAUUAAUAAAACAGCUGAGACUUUGACGAAUCAUGAGAAUGCUUGCGCCGAGCCUAAAGUUGUCUCCAUGGAUAUGUAUAUCAACAAUAUCAUCGUGUCGGCUUGUGGUCUAGUAGGAUACUUCUUUGCCGGAUCAAUCAUACGCCUCGUUGGCACCAAGCGAUUGCUGACUUAUGGUCUGUUUAUAUCGAGUAUUCUUGGCCUAGCUCUCUACUGGUCUGUUAAUAGCUUGAUGACUCUUUGUCUCGCCUCGGCCUUUCUUACUGUUGCUGGUGUCUCAUUCUCAUCUCUUCUGAGUGCCGUCGUUUCGCUUUUUCCCACGCAGUUGCGCUCCAUUGUGGUUGCCAUUACCAUGAUGUGUGGUCGUCUAGGAGCACUCUCGGGCAAUUUACUUUUCCCCGUGUUUAUUCAGAUCGGUUGUCUGCCUCCCUUUGUGAUGGUUUCUGCCGUCAUGAUAAUUGCUGGCGUGCUUUCCAUUUUCGUCCCCAAUCCCAAAAAGGCAACAUUUACAUAAUUAAACUUUUGCGCAUUUAGGAUUGCAUUUCGUUUUGUAACUAGAAUUGUAAAAACUGUUGUCGA